UGUUGAGAUAGGAGUACCUAUAUAUAGUUAUACUUGUUCACUGUCUGUUGACGACUCGGCCACUGGCGAGGUGGUAACGUACACUGACAUCACUACGCUAAAACGCCUUGUGGGCCGGGAUGACUUCAACUUCUUGCCUUGACAGCAUAUAAGUUCAGCCUUACGCGACCGCGACCCCCUUCAACUGAACACCAGCUGGAAUUUUUGCAGUUCUCCCGAGAUAUAUUAACAUACCAGUAUCGCACACCCUAAUUCAGGACCGUGGCGCCGAAACUAUUUCCUCGAAGUCGCUGGCGCGCUCCGCCGAGCUUCCCCGCUAGGCGCCAACUGCCCUUACGAUCGUUACCCCUCCCUCGUUUCACCACUCGACAAGGAAAGCUUUUUCUGUUCCUUCGUGCACUCUUCGGGCCUACUACGUGCCGUCGUGCUCAAUCUCAUCUUUGGGGUUUCCGCCACGAGACGAUCCCUGCCCUUCGCCAUAGAGCCCAGGCAGGCCUAUACCGAGUGAUUGUUCGACGGCAAGCCAGGCUUCUCCGGAAACGACAGACUGGUAGACAGGGAGUGUUAGAUUUCCUUGUCGGAAGAAGAAGACGGUUAACAAGAUCGGACAUUGGUGGUGGGACGGCGGCGAGUGCGACAGCAGGAGUGCCAAUGUCACAGUUUCUAUCGUCGACAUCCUCAUGGGGCUCGGGAGGCGGUGCUAGUGGUGGACGUCGUCAGAGAGUCUAUCAGUAUCUAAGGGCUGCGAAUGAACUGCGCCAGACGUAUGCCGCGCAAUGGGCGGCGCAAAUCAACCCAUCCCGUGAAUAUGAUGAAGAGUACUUAAAAAACACACCGGGGGCAUUUCCAGAUAUCGAAAUCGCACGGUCCGAAGAUGAGGAAAUGGUAAUUUUCCCGAGCUACGCAAGGCGACUUGUCAAAGACUACAACAGACAGCGUCGGGGAUCGACUUCGACGCUCGACGAAUACCGUGGUGUGGCCGAGGAGACAGAGUUGGAGAAACUUGAAAGAGAGAUACUGGAGGAUGAGAAUGCAAUCGUCGCGGUUGAUGUGCGAGGCUGGGUGUACUCACCACAUCGCGGGCCGAUGAAUCGAAAGCAGCGCUUGCUAAUUGCACUCGCGAGGAAACUAAGCGGUGUAUCGGCGCCGAGUAAUUACUCGACAGAUACCGAAGGCCCCGAUUCCGAUACUGCUUCCAUAGGAAAGGGGUCGGGCAAAAGAGAUGAUGAGCUUGUGGACGCGGAGGCUCAAUCAAUCAUCAGAAAUGCAGAAGGAAGGGCAGAUGCUGCUUGGAAAUCCAGUGCGUCGGAACGAGACGGCGAAGCUACCCCUGGAAGACCUCUACAAAGAACGACGACAUCGUCAACACUCGAACCUUCUCAAAUGAGCAUGGAUGAGCUGUCCAUUGCGAAUUCUCAUCUUAUGGAGAGGCUCCGCCCUUUCUUGUCGAACCCCAUGAACCAGCAGCCUGUCACAGUGUUCUUCUUCAAUGAUGGGAAGAGCCAGUCGAGAAGCGUAUUGACCGACGAGUCAGGCCAUUUUACUUUACGCGCAGCCUUGCCUUUUAUCCCGACUCAUAUCCGUGUGCUGGCAUCAGAGGACCUCUCUGCGAUGAAACAGGUCGAGGUCAUCGAACCGAGCGGUGUCAGUCUCAUCAGCGACAUUGACGACACGGUAAAACAUUCAGCUAUCGCAAAUGGAGCCAAAGAGAUAUUCCGGAAUACUUUCAUCCGCGAACUGGCCGAUCUAACUGUCGACGGCGUCUCAGAUUGGUAUACUAAGCUGGCUAAAAUGGGGGUUCAAAUACACUACGUCUCCAAUUCACCAUGGCAGCUUUAUCCGUUGUUAGAGCGAUACUUUAAAUUGGCAGGAUUGCCUCCUGGUUCCUUCCACCUCAAACAAUAUAGUGGUAUGCUUCAGGGGAUAUUUGAGCCUACUGCAGAAAGAAAGAAGGGCUCUCUUGAGCAGCUCCUUAGGGACUUCCCGACACGCAGGUUCCUUCUAGUCGGCGAUAGCGGCGAGGCAGACCUCGAAGUUUACACCGACAUUGCCCUGGCCAACCCUGGAAGGAUCUUAGGCAUCUUUAUCCGCGACGUCACUACAUCUGAUCAGAAGCAGUUCUUUGAGAAGUCUAUCGAUCACCUGGAGCCCCAUCCACCUCGCACUCGCAGCACUCCUCAGCUCAUCGAUACCAGCGAUGAAGCAACUAGUCGGCCUGCAUUACCUCCUCGCCGCCCUCGAGCACCAGACCAUCGAUCUGCUGAUGCCAUAAGCCUAGACAAUGCCGAUCUGAUCGACCUCCGCGACGAUGAAGAUCUGAAGGAUGCCCAGUCUGAUACGACCAAGCCAUCCAACGGACGCUUGCCGCCAGCGAAACCAUCCAAGCCAUCAUCCCUACGGACCGUUUCCGCCAUGUCAGACCAGCCAGGAAAACACAGUUCAUCCCAAAUACAGGGUGCCAUUAACCGGAAGCCAGUACCACCAAUACCGCCGCGCCGCCCUUCAGAAGCCCCAGCCCAACCAAACUCACUUCCAAUCCGCCCCAAACCAGAAACAACUCCAUCUGAACCUCAAGAGCUUGCGCGAUCCAAACAGCCCCCUCCACCACCCCCACCCCGCCGAAGCAAUACAGGGGCAACAUCCUCAACGACAACCUCGAAUUCAAGUACAAGCCGCCCCCCAUCCCAAAGACAACCACAAUCAUACCCCACAGCCGCAGCAACAGCCGCUCUACAGUACGCCUCAGAGCGUCUCCCAUCUCCUUCCAACCUCCUCCGAUCUACAACCACCAACCCCUCACCAGCCAGAUCAAGCACAAACAGUCUAGACAGCGACCAGCAAUCAGUUGCCGGAUCCGCGCCUCCCGCUCCAUUGCCCAACAAGCGUGAGGAACUCUGGCGGAAACGCUGGGAAAGAGCACACGAGAUCCUCAUGGACAAGGGAGUGGUAUUGGGUAGUUGGCGAGUCGGCACAGAUGUCCAAGAUGUCACGAUGUGGUUGGUGCAGGAGGCGAUGAAGGAUGCCCCCCGUUCGGAUAUGAGGGGAAACUGAAC